CUGGAAUUUAUGUCGAGCCGAAUAUGGGCCAAAUUCUAACGAGAACAUUAGGCGAAUUUUUUUAUAAAAGUUCCUUCCGCCAUUACCGAUUUCUCAAAUCCAUUCAACCAUACAAGUGUCUGUUUCUACCUUCUCUUCCGCAGUCAAGGUCCAUUUCCUUCUCUCCUUCACACACUCAGCUGUUAAUCUUCUUUUUUUUUUUUUCCAUCAGCUCAUAAUCUCGUAACUUUUUUUUGUUUAUUUUUAUUUUUAAUAUUUUUCUCCAAAUUUGAGUACUCAAGCUCUGAUUCUGAGACGUGGGUUGUUGAUCAAAAUGGUUUUUGAGAAAUGGGUCGUACUGGGUUUGGUUUGAGGAUGGUGAAUAUGUCUGGUAUGGAGGGUCGGGUUUUGAACUCAGGUGGAAGUUCAUUCCCUGACUUCUUUCACUUCGAAUGCCGAUUACACCCGAAAUCGGCAUUCGGCUCUUUCAGCAUUUCCUUCAAAGCCUUAUAUAAUCGCCAUCUUCGUUGCUUGUUACUGGUCAACCUCAACAAACGAAUGCUUUGAUCUUUCAAUAGAGGGGAAAAAAGAAAGAAAAAAAAUAGAUAAUGGAACGUACGUAAAAAAAUCAUUUAUUGUCUUCUUCUUCUUUUUUUUUUUGGGUGCUGUUUUAUUUUUCUCUUUCCUUUUCUGGGAGGUUUUGGUUUCUUAGCAGGAAAUGUAUACAGGGGUUGAUUUGGCGUCACAAGCAAAUAAUGGAGCGUUUGGGAUAAUGGGGACUCCUGAUGUAGAAGCUGGUUUUGUAGAGAAAGAUCCCACCAAUCGAUAUAGUCGGUACAAUGAAAUAUUGGGGAAGGGCGCCUUUAAGACUGUUUACAAGGCGUUUGAUGAAGUUGAUGGAAUAGAAGUGGCUUGGAACCAAGUGAGGAUUAACGAUGUUUUGCGGUCACCUGAAGAUCUGGAAAAGCUUUACUCUGAAGUUCAUCUCUUGAAAUCACUGAAACAUGACAAUAUCAUCAAGUUAUAUCACUCCUGGGUGGAUGAUGAACAAAAAACUAUUAACAUGAUAACUGAGCUUUUCACGUCUGGGAAUCUAAGACAAUACCGCAAGAUUCACAAAAAUAUUGAUGUGAAGGCUAUAAAGAACUGGGCUAGACAAAUCCUCCGUGGUUUGGUGUAUCUUCAUAGCCAUAACCCACCUAUUAUUCACAGGGAUUUGAAAUGUGACAAUAUAUUUGUUAAUGGUAAUCAUGGGGAAGUUAAAAUUGGAGACCUUGGAUUGGCAAUUGUCCUGCAGCAGCCUACUGCUCAAAGUGUCAUUGGAACUCCUGAAUUUAUGGCUCCUGAGCUCUAUGAAGAGAAAUAUAAUGAACUUGUCGACGUAUACUCUUUUGGGAUGUGCAUGUUGGAGAUGGUUACUUGUGACUAUCCAUACAGUGAAUGCAAAAACCCAGCUCAAAUCUAUAAGAAGGUUACCACAGGCAUUAAGCCUGCUGCUCUUCGCAAGGUGAAGGAUCCCCAAAUCAAGGAGUUUGUUGAGAAGUGCAUAGUACCAGCAGCUGAGAGAUUUUCUGCAAAGGAGCUUCUCAAGGAUCCAUUCCUUCAAGUUGAAAAUCCAAAGGAAUUAACCCGUGAUCCAGUACUGCUACCCAAUAAGAGUUUCAAAGCAAUAAACUUAACAAAAUCUGGUUCUUCCUCGAUGGACAUAGAUCCGGAUUAUAAGCAGCUCUCUGAAAGCACUGGCACGGAGAGCAACAUGAGUAGCCCAGAAAGUUCAGUCUUGGAGUUCCUAAGAACCAAUACAAGGAACGAAUUCAGGUUGAGAGGGAAGUUAAAUAGUGACAACUCAGUAUCAUUGACCUUGCGAAUAGCUGAUUUUUCGGGUCGAGUUAGGAAUAUACAUUUUCUCUUUUACCUCAACACUGAUACCGCAGUUUCAGUUGCGGGUGAAAUGGUUGAACAACUUGAGUUGGCAGAUCAUAAUGUGGCUUUCAUUGCCGAGUUGAUUGAUGACUUGAUACUGAAGCUUCUACCUGGUUGGAAGCCUUCCUUUAAUCAUUCCUCAUCUGGACCAACUGGUUCCAAUGGAACUAUUGAAGAUCAACCUUCAAUAGUAUUAGUUGCUCCCAAGGUAAUGGAUGAAGAUGCUUCGACAUGUGAUGUUAAAAUAGAUGAACUAGUUAGCUACAAUAACAAUGGAUGCUGUGAAGGCUUAAGUUGGUAUGGCUCAGAACUAGAACACCCGGAUUCAUGUUCUGCUGACAAAAAAUUGCAAGGAGAUAUCACCAAUGCUGGGAUUUUUAUCCCAGUUAACGGAAAUACUAAGAACUUGGCGUUGCAAUUGCCUGACUGGAUACGUAGAUCUAAUUUUAAAGGUUCCACAAGCAGCUGUACAUCACUAUGCUUAGCAGAUAAAGAUACAGAUGUUGAGCUUCAGUUGGAAUUAGCUUCCAUUGAGGCACAAUAUGAGCAGUGGUUUCAAGAGCUUUCGAAGAGGAAGGAGGAAGCAUUGGAGGAUACCAGAAAGAGAUGGGCAGAAAAGAAGAGGCUGGCAAGUCAUCAGUUGGGGGCAUGUUGAAACCCUAUUUCCCAUUACAUCCCAUAGUUGUGUAUAUCAUUGUUCUCUUGUUUUGGGGGCCUUUUUUUUUUCUCCCCUCCUGCACCAAAUUAUGUUUAAUAGUGCGGAAAUGAUUAUCUUAACUGAACUCUUGUUGUUGGUGUUUGAUUUUUUUUUUAUGGAAUUCAUUAAAUCAUUUUGUUUAGUAAAAGAUAUAUGCUGUACAUAAAUCGUAAGCAAUGUAUGUAUUUAUCCAGAUCAUUAGUUCUCUAAUAAAAAGACUAAACUUGA